AACAUGGCCUCAGAGUGAAGCAGGAGUGUGUUUGUAAAGCUCUCCAGCAUUUUGAGUGAAUGUUGGCUAAGUUUUUAGUUAAUUUACCUUUGCGUGUCGGAAGGUAGUGGAUCAGUAAUACGGUAGUGAGUCAGUGGUGCGAGAAGGCAUGGUUAAGACCCGGAAAGGCGACAAUACGACUGUGAAAUACCAUAUGCCAGACUCCAGACGGGGAGGUGUGUCGUCGCGCGCGUUCUUGUGAUUUAAAUUUUUGCUGGUUGAUGGUGUGGUGAGAGAUAAUAGCGAGUGCCAUUACCUGUAGUGGUGGUGAGCGGGAGGGAGUGGUGGUGGAGGAACCAUGGAGGACACGAGUGAAGUGCUGGUGUGUGCUGCAGAGUACAUUAAAGAUCGGCUGUACUUCGUAACCUUACGAACUUCUGGCAGACCACGAUCUACAGCAAACACUCACUAUUUCACAAUUGACGAUGAGUUGGUAUAUGAGAACUUUUAUGCUGACUUUGGACCCCUCAAUUUAGCCAUGCUUUAUCGUUACUGUCAGAAGCUAAACAAAAAGUUGAAGUCUCUGUCGCUGGCAAAGAAGAAGAUCGUUCACUACACGAACCUUGACCCGCAGAAGAGAGCCAAUGCUGCCUUCCUCAUCGCCUCUUAUUCUAUUGUCUACUUAAAGAAGACUCCUGAGGAGGCUUAUAAACCCCUGAUUGGUGGCAACAGUCCACCAUUUUGUCCAUUUCGCGAUGCAGCUUACGGGAUGUCAACAUAUCAUCUAACAUUGCUUGACUGCCUACAAGCUAUUGACAAAGCCUUCAAGCUUGGUUUCUUCAAUUUUGAAGACUUCGAUGUAGACGAGUAUGAAUAUUAUGAGAAAGUGCAAAAUGGAGAUUUCAACUGGAUCAUGCCUGGAAAAUUCUUGGCCUUCUGUGGACCCCAUGCAGAAAGUAAAAUCAAGAAUGGUUAUACUCUGCACUCGCCUGAAACAUACUUCAGUUACUUUCGCAAGCACAAUGUCACCAGCAUUGUCAGACUCAAUAAGAAGAUUUACGAUGCUGCUCGGUUUAAGAAUGCUGGCUUUGAGCAUUAUGACAUGUACUUUAUUGAUGGUUCCUGCCCAUCAGAUGACAUUAUGAGAGAGUUUCUGCGAGUUUGUGAAAAUACGGAAGGCGGUAUUGCAGUCCAUUGCAAAGCUGGAUUAGGUCGAACUGGUUCCCUCAUUGGAUGUUAUAUAAUGAAACAUUUCCGAUUUACUGCUGCUGAAAUUAUUGCUUGGUUGCGCAUAUGUCGACCGGGCUCUAUCAUUGGUGGUCAGCAACAAUGGCUUACCUCCAAGCAGUCAUCAUUAUGGCUUGAAGGCGAUAUAUUUCGGGGACGUAAUAAAAACCAGAACCUAAACAAGAAAUGCCAGUUUGGUAUAUACAGCAUUGCUUAUCGUGAGCAUGUUGCUAACAUGCGAAAUAACCAAAACAAAAAUAACUGCAAGAAUCAUAUUCAGAAGCAGCAGCUUAACGGCAACUCAUCUGAUGAGGCAGCUGACCGUGAAGAGAAUGUCCAGGUGGUGCUGAGUGGAGUAGAUACCCUGAAGCUAGAUGAUCAUACCUCUCACACCGACAACCAUGAGAAAUACAUCGAGGAUGUAGCCAACAGUAACACUAAUGCCAAGGAUUCAGAAACACGUAUAAUCAAUGGCAUGUCACAAGGAGACCGUCUAAAUCAGCUUAAAGCAUCUCGUUCCCACUCAAGAUCUGCAACAACUGGACGUGUCAAUCUUGAGGACAAAGCCCACAUUCGCACCAAGUCCACCCCUUUGGGCAGUGGUAGCAGUGGUGGUGGUGGCGGUGGGAGAGAGGCAGUGCUGUCGCCAUUGAAGGCCGGCAAGGUAUCCACCCUCACCACAGCCCAUCGAGAUACUGCACGUAGACCUAUACGUACCACCACCACAGCCACCAGCAAAAGACAUGCAUGGCUAUUGGGAUCAGUGUACCGGGGAUCGGCUCAACGUGGCAACAAGUCUCGUGGGGUUGGCCACUCCCCGGGGCUCUUAUCAAGCUCUCAGACUCAAACACGUGGUUUGAUUCCUGCCUCUGUGAUCCCACUGGGUAACUCACAGAUUUCUGAUAGCUCAGUUCCUCAGAACUUAGGAAGAAAGGCUCAUCUGAACUGUUCUAAUUCAACAUCCUACUCGCCAUCCUUGACAAAGUCUUCAUUCCAUGUUGCCAUCUCCUCUUCCCCCAUUUCCAAAGUUCCUCCUGUCUCCUCUUCCCUUUCGUCUUAUUCUUCUUCGGUAAAUGAAAACCAGCUCUCCAGAGCCAGUGAGAUUGCCACCACAGCUGCAGCACUGUCAACAGAUAAUGUGGAUAAUGGCAAUAUUGGUGAUCAUCCUGAGUUGGAAAAUAACAACUGUGAACAGGAGCCAGAAAAUAGCCGCUGCAACCUCAGAGAUGACAAUAGAAGCCGGACCUCAAGUGCAGGGAACCAAUCUCGGCUCUCACCGCCUGUCGUACACAGCAAACUCCCAAUCUAUCGUGUAGUAAAGGGAAUAACAAAUAGUAAUCAACUUUUUCACUACCGUUUCUCUCCUGUCCGAAACUCGAACACACUCGCCAGCCGUUCCACGAAAGCUGCCCUCGUCAGAUGACUACCAAUACUGCCCACCACGAAAAACAAGAACAGCAAGAAAAUCACUGAGAAUAAUACAUCAUCACCAUCAUCAGCAUCUUCCUCAAACACCAACACCACCACCCUCUCCUCCAGCAACAAGACUUCUGUCAAGAAAUCUCGAAUCUCUUCCAUCGGCAAGCUUAGCUCCACCGAGAACUCCCCCACCCACUCCGACACAUCCAACAAGUCGCAAACUACCCCCACCAACUCCAGUAAUGAUAAAGAGUCGGAUGCCCAAUUCAUCUCAAGUGACAAAGAGGAUAAAAUCUUGUCCAGCCCUUCCAGUCCAGAGAGAAAAAGUGCUUCAGCAGAGCUCCGGAACACUUCCAAGACUGCCAAAGGUACUUCCAAGUCUUGGUCAUUUGAGGUUGUGUCAGAGAGUAGGUCUAGAGGGGAGACCAAAGUGUCACGAUCUGCUCCCCCAGAGUUGAGAAAAGCUAUAUCAGGUGAAGGUAAGGGAGGGAAGAGUGCUUUGGGGACAAAUUUUUUAAGAUCUGGUCGUGGUGUCAACCGAAAUGAGUUAGGAGGAAAGAAAAGUGGUGGGCUUAAGAAGCGGUCGCAUAGUCCUUCAAACAGAGAGCCAGGGAGAAGCCUCAAGACUCGCAAAUCUCGAAGUAGGGUUACUAGUCCAGAGCCUGUUGUGAGUGACACGUCAGAGAGAAGCAAGUUAGAAAAGAGUAAAGAAGCAACCCACAAGAAAAAAUCUUCACAAACUCAGAUUACUGAAUACUACACAAUUCGGAAAGAAAAGAGUACUUACAAAGUAAUAAGAACACUUCCUGAUGAUCCCCCCAGUGAACGAAGCACACGAAUCCGAUCAGGAUGGGAUGAAGAUGGAAAGCGAGUAACAAAUGUGAGUGCCAUCACAACACGGCGCUCUCGCCACAUUCCCGACGAGUGAAGUAUAGUCGAUGUAUUGUAACGUCAGUGUAUUAUGUUAUUCUAAAGAAAUUGUACAAAUGUUAAAAAUGUUAAUUUUUCAUAGACGUGAUAUAAAAGAGCAGGGCUCUCUCUAAUGAAUUAGAAAAUAUAAUAAUUUUGUAAUACUCUGAAUGCCUUUGAGUCUUGGGAAGCCUCUCCAUUUUUUUACUUUCCCAAAGAUAUAAAAGUUUGACUAGGAGCCAGAUCUAUGUGUGCCUGAAGUAUGAUAGAUAAGUGUUGUGCCAUGUCCUUAUGUUGUUGUACAAAUUACAUAUAGGUCUGAGAACUUGUGCUGGAGUGUCGAUAAUUUUUCUUAUUAUUUUAGAGCCUUGGGCCCGAGUACAUUGAUGCUCGGGUGCAAGGGAGCUUUUAAUUAAUCUAAGAAAGUGAAAUAAGAAAUCAUUAAUUACUUGUUACUUAUGUAAUGUGAAUAGUAGUUAUAACAAGAUUACCAUGUGUUUAGAGUAGUUUUUCUUUUGGGCUGCUAUUGGUGGGCAGUUAAUAAUUUGCUAAUUUUCUUUAGAAUAUUUAUUUGUCAGAAGUCAUAUUGCUCUUGCUGGAAAUGUUAGGCAGUUUUUUUUUUUUUUUUUUUUUUUUUUUUUUAAGAACUGAAAUUUUCCUAUUAUAUUUAAUAUUGAGUGCUAACACAUUACACUAGGUUAAACCAUAGGUAGUGCUGCCUCCAUGACAAAUAACCUAGCAUCAUUUGAGACAUGAUUAUAAGUGAUACUUAUUGAAAAGGCUCCAGUUAAGAUACUAGUACUGUACUUAAUACAUUUAUUGAUCACUGGAGAUGUACUUUACUCUAUUUUUGUGAUGGAAGACAAUGCUUUUUGUGUACUUUAUUGCCCAAAUGAUGCUUACAGUUAAAUAUGAUAUUUUGAACUUUUUAUCUGUAUAAAAUAUAUUUUGUAUAUAACAAAAAAUGUAUCAAAUAGUGUAUAUUUGUGCAUCAAAUUAGUAUACACAAUAGAUACUGUAAUGUAUUCCAUUUCUGAGAAUAUAUUGUACAGAUUUCAGGUGCAUUGAAGAAAGCUUUAUGAGGAACUUAAUACUGUAUUUAAACUAGAUACUGUACUGUGAUGGCAGAUCAAAAGUAAACAAAUCCUGUUUUCUUUAUAAAGCUUAGUGAAAUUUCUUAAGAGACUGCACCUUCUUAAUUACUUUCUUAAAAAGAUACCUUUUUUUAUGUUCUGCUUCAAAAUAGGCAUAUUGAGAACCCAAAACUAUGCUUGCAGUUUGCUAGGGAUUCAAAAGUAUCAAUUUUAAAGUAUGUGAAGCAGUUGUCUGAAUUUUAUAGUUCCAAAUAUUUACAAACUAAUAUUUUGGCAUAUUCAUUUUGCAAACUGAAUUGAUACUGUUUGCUUUUGUUUUAUCAUUCAUAUUUAUUAUAAAUUAUUUAAAUAUUUUAUUCAAUAUUUUUUUUUUCCAUAUAGAAGUUAUAGAAACACACAUCAGGUUUAUAAGAUGUUUGCUUCACUUCUCAGAGCAAUUUUGUUUUGUGUAAUACAGUGGAGCAUCUUAAAACUGAAAUGACUGGGGCCAAGCAAUGCAAGAAUUAGAUGCUAUAUCUUAAACAAAUACACACACACACAUGGGGUUAGAAAGGUGGGGUCCAAGAGCUAAUAGCUCAAUUCUGCCGACACAUAGUAAAUACACACACACAUACACUGCAUAUAUGCAUAUUAUUUUUAUUUUGAUAGGCAUAUUGAGAUAUGCCUAGCAUUAGGGCUGGGGAUACCUCACUUGAUUAGCUGUAAUCAAAACAUGGUUAAAUUUAAUAUUUUUAAAUACCCUAGAUUUUUAAAUUUUUUUAAAGUAAUCAAAGUUUGGUUUAAAGAUUCUCCACUGUAUUAGGGAAAGAUGUUUUAAAGAAUAUUUAGUAAAUUUGUCUAUGAAAUCUAAUUAUUUUUAUAGAUUAAAUUUAACAUUUUAUUUCAUUUAUACUGAGUGCAAUUUCAGCUCUUAAAAAAUUUAAUUAGUAAAGAAAUAUAAAGUACACCAAGUUACAACUGCUAGCAACAGAACUGUAACAAUAAAUGAGCCAUUCUAUGGCAGAAAAGAGUAUACUGUACUGUAUAUGAGGAAACGUCACAAUUAUUGAAGACUAAAGUUGGAAGACUUUCAUCCUGACAAGACCUCUUCAGUUGUGACAGCAGCAGCCCUGUCACUAGGACAAAUGUUUAUGCCUCAAGUCUUCAAUAAUUGUGGCCUUGCCUUGGACAUUUUUUGCAUUAGUGUGAAACACAAUAAAAAUAUAUAUAUGCAUGCAUAUGCAGUAAUGUCACGGAACGUGAUGUUGGAUUGCAAGAAUAACCACACUAAAUAAUAGAAAAACGUUUAAACACUUCAUCCUUCUCAGAACCUUCCUGAAAGGGACAAGAGUGCUCAAACCAAUUCUGCUAUUCAAUUUAGUUAUGCUUAUAUGUAUUAUAAAAAAAAUGUAAGUCUUUUCAGCUGUAUAAAUAUUUGUGUACUGUACUGUGUUUGUUUUGAGUAAUGCUGAAUAUAUAUUUUUUCUGUACUUUAGAUUUUUUUUAUCAAUUUUUUUUUUUAUGGCUAUUUCGUGUAUCAAGAAUUAUUUUAAUAUAUUAAAAAAAUACAUUGCAAGAUUUGACUGAUGCUAAAACUAAAAGUAUAUACCAGGAAUACUUGUUUUCUGAUAUGCACAAAAUUUUAGAUUUUCACAGAUUAGCUUGAUGCUGUAUUACAAUUUAUCAUAUAAUAUCCUUUGUUUAGUAUAAAGGUACAUGCCUAUUAGCAGUUUGUAUAAUUUGUCACCAGCUAUCAUCAUUCAUGUAGAGCUUAUUUUUCAUAUUUUUAAACAACCAUAUUUUUCAUCUUGCAUGUCUACUGUAUAUAUACAGCUUACUUGUUAAAAGUACCAUAGUAUUUAGUCUAUGCUCUGUGCAAUUAUUUUAAAGUUUGGAUUAAUUAUAUUCUGAAAUUUAGGCAAAUGAUUAUUUUUGGCAAAGUUUCCCGAGUUAAGCACAGGUCCAGCCUUAUCUGAGUGAAGUACACCAGGUCUUGUAUCCACCCUUGAGACUCUUGUAGGCCCUUGUCUACAGAAGCCAGGAUGAGAAUCUCUCUCUCUCUCUGAGAUGAGAUGAGAGGAUCCUGAGGAUCAGAGAUCAAUCCAAAACUUAGAAAAGUAUAUAUCUAAAAAGUAUUGACAAGGCAAAUAUUUUAAGAAAAUUAGGUACCCAAAAGUAAUGAGGCAAACUAGUGAUGAUGCAGGUUAAACACUCGAACCUUGUAGCACAUAAUCACCACUAUGUGGCAACCCUCAUUUUCCAGACAGCUUGCAUCCUUACAAGCAGCCCAAAUACAUCCCACCACACCAUGGAGAAGGAACUAUGGUAGGGACAAGGAAUUACUUAGGGCCCCACCUGAAAUUAGCAUUUAAUUACAGUUAGUAUUUCCUUGAGCUACUGAACAACAGUGCAUCAAAAGAGUAGACAAGCCAUUUUGAAAAAGAUCCGUUUAGUAAUAAAAGCAACAAAUUAAGCCAGGGUUGUUGACCAGACCACACAAGAAGGUGAAGGGACGGACCGAAACGUCGUCGUCCCUUCACCUUCUAGUGUGUGGUCUGGUCAACAUACUUUAGCCACGUUAUUGUGAUUCAUCGCCUGCAUAAGCCAGGGUUUAUGCAUGGGAGAAGACAGCAGGAACAGAGGAUUCAAGACAAAAAACAAAACUGCUUGCCAAAUACAGUAAUUCAAGUCAACAUCAGUGUGCUGAGGCCAAGGGAUAUCUCAUAAAUAGUGCGAGACCAAAAGUAUCAAAAGCUCCAAAACGAGGCUAACUGGACAUACUUUAUUGGCAACAUAAGCUAUGAGAGCAGCAAAACACUGGCCAUCAUGUGUGAGAGAAUAUAUUUCCAGAUUGCUGGAACAGACCCUGUUGCUGAGGACCUGGAGGAAUCUGCCCUUGUAACGGAAUGUCAAGAUUCUAGUCCUGGCUUCCAGAAGGCAAGGGCAAGUCUUGGGCUUGGUGCAUCUUAAGACAUGGCUGGACCAUUGCUAAGCUCUGGAAGCUAAUGAGGGCACCUCCAUAAUAAUUUUUUUUUUGUUUUUUUUUACAAAAUAUCAAUCUUUUAUUUUUAUUAAAGAAUGGAUCAUCUGCAUAUAAUUAAUUACAAGUUACAUAUCUCAUACAGUAUUGUAUUAUUUUUGUUGUGAUGUAUACUUAAAAAAAUAAAUUGAUGUACGUAUAUGCUUUAAAAGUAAUCACUAGUGAUAAAAUUGAAUGUUACGAGAAAAAAUGCCUUAUGCAUGAGAUUCAGAUUUUAAUAGCUAUCAUAUUAUUGAAUUCCAGUUGUAUGAAAAUUCAAACAUUUGUUUUGUAUUAUUGUAUAUACUAUGCAUUAUGUUGUAUGUUUUUGUUAAAAUAGCUAGGAUUUCAGAUGUGGGAAAAUCACAAGUUUGGGUUUUACAAAAGUCAGCAUUCAGGUACUGCACUGAACUGUACCUGGUUUCUUGCUGUAGUACAUGCCAAUCUGAAUUUUAACUACCGUAAAUUUUGUUCAGGAUAGAUGUUAGCAUCAAGUCAUAAGUACAGUGAUUGCUUGCCUGUUAUCAGGAGUCAGUCCAUAUUUAUGCUGUUUUUAUUUAACAAAUUUGUGUUCUGUAAUACAUAGUAUUAUACUGAAAGAAAUGGAAAGUGUUCAAAGAUUAUACAGUGUUCACCUGUUGGUCUGGCUUCUUAUAUAUAAAUAUUUAUAAGAAAAUGUCUCUUUGAGUACAGGUACUAUUUCGUUUAUAUAACAUGAUUGCUUUUUGGGAAUUGAACUAUUUUUCUAACCCUGUUUGUUAUGCAAUAGAGGUUUGUAGUGUCUUAUUUGAGAAAAAAUAUUAAAUACAGAAUAUCAAAUGAAAA